UAGCCUCACUAUUUCAAUCGAGCUAAUACAAAACUCUCACAGUAAAGCCACGAGUCCACGGAGCCAUUCAGAGCCCUCGAUGCUGCUCGCCGAACCGGGACCGCAAAUCACAAACGGGUAGAGCAUUUUUAACACCAGAGGAGACGAAUGAAACGCGAAGACUGACACUUGGUGCUUGAAGCUCAUCUGAUCAUUUUCUCCUCAUCAUCAUCAUCACUGUGUGUGUGUAGAGAUGCCUCCAGCGACAGGAGGGCCGGUAGGGUACACGCCUCCGGAGGGCGGAUGGGGCUGGGCGGUGGUCGUGGGGGCCUUCAUCAGCAUCGGGUUCUCCUACGCCUUCCCCAAGUCCAUCACAGUCUUCUUCAAAGAGAUUGAGGUGAUCUUCAAUGCUACCAGCAGUCAGGUGUCAUGGAUCUCAUCAAUCAUGCUGGCUGUCAUGUAUGCAGGAGGGCCAAUCAGCAGUAUUCUUGUGAAUAAGUUUGGUAGUCGGCCAAUCAUGAUGGCCGGAGGCUGUCUGUCUGGCACAGGAUUGGUUGCCGCAUCCUUCUGUAACUCAGUGGAGGGUCUUUACUUCUGUGUGGGAGUUAUAGGAGGUCUGGGAUUGGCUUUCAAUCUGAACCCAGCAUUGACCAUGAUCGGCAAAUACUUCUACAAUCGGCGGCCCAUAGCCAAUGGCAUCGCGAUGGCGGGCAGCCCGGUGUUCUUGUCCACACUGGCUCCGCUGAAUAGCUGGCUCUUUGAUCACUUCGGGUGGAGGGGCAGUUUUCUCAUCCUGGGCGGAGCUUUGCUAAACUGCUGCGUAGCAGGAUCAUUGAUGCGCCCCAUUGGACCAAAACCACAACCCGCCAGUUCUAAAGAGGAUGAGGGAUUGAAACCCAGAGAGAAAAAGACUGUCCUGCAAACCUUAAACGGCUUCCUGGAUCUGACGUUAUUCACUCACAGGGGCUUCCUGCUGUACCUGCUCGGAAACUGCAUCAUGUUUUUCGGCCUCUUCGCGCCCCUCGUCUUUCUCAGCAAUUAUGCGAAGAGUAAAGACAUUUCCAAGGACAAAGCUGCAUUCCUGUUGUCAAUCCUGGCCUUUACAGACAUGAUAGCUCGGCCGUCCAUGGGUCUGGUGGCCAACACACGCUGGGUCCGUCCGCGUAUACAGUACUUCUUCGCCGCGUCUGUGCUGUAUAACGGAAUCUGUCACGUGUUUGCGCCAUACUCCACCGAUUACAUCGGCUUUUGCAUUUAUGCUGUGUUUUUCGGUGUGGCGUUCGGAUGGCUCAGUUCUGUGUUGUUCGAGACUCUGAUGGACCUCGUGGGGGCACAGAGGUUCUCCAGCGCAGUCGGGUUGGUCACUAUUGUGGAAUGUGCGCCUGUGCUGCUGGGACCUCCAUUACUGGGGAGACUCAACGAUAUACACCAUGAUUAUAAAUACACAUAUUACGCAUGUGGCAUAGUCCUGAUAGUGGCCAGUAUCUUCCUGUUUGUGGGAAUGGGAAUAAACUACAGGCUAGUGGACAAGGAGAAGAGGGAGGAGGAGAGAAGAGCCAGGCAAGAAGGACGAGAUGAAGAGACAAAUGUAGACAAUGCCCUGAACGUGAAGGCGAGGGAGGCUGACGGAGACAUGUCGGAUGCGUGAGCCUCCAUUUCCAAAAGGGGUACAGACACUAUAUAAUGUGCACACAACAACAAUCCACGUCUUCCAGUUCCAGCUGUCCAAAACAACACAAAUGAAUGAAUUCACCUUUAUUGAGCCUCUUAACAGCACAAAAGACAUUCGGGUGCAAAAUAUUUUUUCUCUUUACUGCUUUCAUGGACACACCAACUCAUGCCAUCACAAACACACCCUAUUUUAUUUUUUAUUGUGACGACUUGAGCCACGUUUAUAGGGGAGUUUCUGUACACACCUUUGUCUGGUAUCUUAUGGUUUUAAAAGCAUUCCUAGGUUGAUUUUUAUAUAAUUGUAGAUAGCACCCAUGAAAAAGCCAUCAAAGUGGUUUUCAUCAGUGUCAGCAUCACCAUGAGAACAGUACUAUAUUCAGAAGAACCCUUUUACUUUGUGUUCAUAUAAGAUCAGGUCAAAUGUAUAUCAGACUAAGUCAUUAUGUAAGAUACACAAAUGUUUUUGUGUAUGUGUGAAUAGUCUGCAGUUCUGAUUGGCUAGUUGAGAAUACUAAACGGCUUUGUGUGGUCUAGAUUUCACGUCAUACUGUUUUUUUGUGUGUUCACUUUGUUCUGAUGUCGCCUUCACCUUGGUCUGAUGUCACGAUGUUGCGUUGGUUCUCAAGCACAUUACUCAACGUCUCAUCGCCCAUCUGUGUUUCUCUGUCACCAUGGAGAUUUCCACUGUAACGGUUUUAGAAACCGGCAGUCAGCAUACUUGUGUACUACUUUGUGCAAUUCUCACCUACGGAAGAAUUUACAUGUCAAGUUGUAUUUUUGCUUGUGUAUUUCAUUUGCAGUCAAUCUGUUUUUUUUUAUGCACUAGGAAAAAUGCCACUAGGGAACAUGCAUAUAGGAGAUCAUGCUGUGUGUCUUUCCAUCUCCACCUUUGACCACAUUAUAAGCACAUGUCUAACAUCAGGUUUUAUUAUAGUUUCCUAAAAGCUCUUGUGCCUUGGAAUGUGCGCCUUUUCAUUUACACACAAGUAUUUGUAUUUAAACUUAACAAGACUAACCUCUUAACACUCUUUAACAAUUGUUUGAAUGACAAGAGCAAGCAACAAAAGGUUUUGCAUAUUAUUAAAAUAUUAAUAGGCAUGUUUAAAGAUCAGAUCAGUGACUUUUGCCUGUAAAGGGCUGCAUUUAGAAACCUUUUUUAAAUGGAAAGAUUAGUUUGGCAAAAGGGAGGAAACUCCACUCCCUUCUGGUGGUUGGAGGGCAUUGCGCCACUGCCAUCUAGCAACAAUCAUUUUAUAGUAAACAAUGUGGGGUUUCUGGGAUCAGUGUGAAAGCAUAGCAGGUGGAUAUUUUUGUGUAGCGCAUAAGGUAAGUUGUAUACUUACUGGGUUAAUUCAUACUAGAAACUGUUCUGAUGUGUUUGUAUGUGUUUUAUUCCGGUGUAACAGAGUUGGUAAUGUGAUUCAAUGCAUUGCUAACUGGAUCUCGGAUAAGAUGAAGAUUCCUACUGAACUUCUGUAAUAGAACAGCAUAGUGUCAUUCAUGUGGGUUAAUGUCAGUGUUUUCCAUUUGUAUACGUGUUAAGGAAAAUGAUGCUGUGCUUAGAAAAUGGACCACCCUGAGGAAAUGGUUAUCGUGUCAGUAGAUACAUCACAAAAGUAACACUAAUAUUGGGGGGCUUAAAAUGUUUGUCAGACAACUGACUGAGGCAUAGAAAGCAAGUGUGGGUGUGUGUUUGUGCACAAAUUCCUUGCAAACUGAUCUUAUGAUUUAGCAGAAUGUGUGAGGCCUGCCCUCUAGUAAACAGUAUGAAUAAUAGUAUUUUUUAGACCUUUUAAAUCAGGAGUGAUAUUUUGUAUGUGUGAUGUUUUGACUAGCAAAUCAAUAAACGUUUUUAAAAAUGCAAA